CUCUUCUUUGACGUUGUGUGGUGCAGUAGGGGCGGACGGAUAUGAGGUUUGCCCAGUUGCCUGGAUGUGUGUAGUUCCGGCAGAAGUAGACAUCUUGUGGAAAAACUGCGGAGAAAAGACUUGGGGAAGAGAGGUUGAGCUUGGAGGAAGCGAUUAGCAAGUAGCCACACAAAGGCUGAUGAUAAGUGACUGAAGAAUACCCAGUGACUGGUGGUUGUAUCUGGGUCACUAUUUAUUUUGUGAGCUCUGCAUAUUAACAGUGGCUGUUUUUCUUGUAUUUUGCCUGGCCAACACAAUUCAGAGCAGAUUAGAGAUACGUUACCCUAGCUAGCUAACGUUACCCCCAUUUCUCGGCGACCCCACAGUGAGGCAAGAAUGGCGCUGAAACGAAUUCACAAGGAACUGAACGACUUGGCGCGCGAUCCUCCGGCACAGUGUUCUGCAGGCCCAGUUGGAGAUGACAUGUUCCAUUGGCAAGCUACAAUCAUGGGACCUAAUGACAGUCCAUAUCAAGGUGGUGUUUUCUUCUUGACAAUUCAUUUUCCCACAGAUUACCCUUUUAAACCUCCUAAGGUUGCAUUUACGACAAGAAUUUAUCACCCAAAUAUUAACAGUAAUGGCAGCAUCUGUCUCGAUAUUCUUAGAUCACAGUGGUCUCCAGCAUUAACUAUUUCUAAAGUCCUUUUGUCCAUUUGUUCACUGUUAUGUGAUCCCAACCCAGAUGACCCCCUAGUGCCAGAGAUUGCGCGCAUCUACAAAACAGAUACCGAAAAGUAUAAUAGACUAGCCAGGGAAUGGACAGAGAAAUAUGCCGUGCUUUAGGGUAUAACAGAAUAGCUCGGGAAUGGACUCAAAAGUAUGCAAUGUGAUGCCACCUUGUGGCAGACGCAAGAACAUGCAUUGUUGCUGGAAUAAACUUUAAAACAUUGUUCUUUUUUGGUUACCUUAUUUGGCUGCUCUUACACAUCAGACCAUAUUGUUUCUUUUUUCACCCCCACAUUCAUAUGCUCUGACAAGAAGAUAUAGUUUCUGUCUUCGGAUAAGACGAGCUUCUUCUCCCUUGAGUUUCAAAUUCAAUUUUUAAAGAAAGCGCAAAUUAUAACGGUCACACGUGGUCCUGAACUCUUGGCGGAGUGCCGUCUCGACGGUCUGAGAAAGAGGCAGAUAUUACCCCCCAGAGUCACUUGUUUCCAAGACAACAAAAAGAAGAAGAAACAAAAGUGUUCCUGGCCACUUCGGAAGAUGCUACAGACCCAACAAGGAUGCUCCACGUGCCACAAUACCCAUUUUUUCUGAGGAUCACCUCCUUUCUGGAAAGGCAUCCAUCUUUUUGUAAGCUUUUCCACUGCAAUAGUAUUACAGAACUGAGGCCUGUUUGGGGAAAACACGCAUUUUAUGCCCAUAAAUGACCUGGCAAAGAAUUUCAGGGGAACACAUAAGGAGUAAAACUGAAAACAGUACUGUAUUUUAUGCAUGUUAAUAAAGAAAUACAGUUUUACCUUGUGCUGAAAAAUUUGAGAAUGGACGAGGUGGGUGGGUGGUCCACUGUUAGGGUAACUUGUAUUAUUAUUAUUAUUUUUUUCUGUUCCCUGUUUUGAUUUUUGAAUGGAGCUAUUGGUUAAUCAACCUUCCACAAAACUGUACUCUUGUAGCACUGAAUAAUGAUGCAAAGCUGUCAGUGGUUGACUGAUAAACUAAGAGCUCCUCUCUUGAUUUUUAUUUUGUUUUUUUUCUUUCCUCCUCAAUAAAAUUGCAUAAGCCAAUAUCCAGUA